UCGUUUGAAACAAACACCAGGUCUGAUUCUCGCCGGCGUCUUACUGCAUGCGGUAAAAAGUCGCCGCUCGCCAACUUUCUCAGGGUCGGCGCCGAGGUGAAGGUUGGAGAGGAGGAGAAGGGCAAUCGGUUCGACUUCUUGUCAUGUUCCCGUAGGGGAGAGGCGAAGGCUCCAUCCGCCAGCAUUGCCGAGCUCAGUGAUGGACAACUCGAUAACUCUGUGGCAGUUCCUACGGCAACUCCUGGAUGAGAACAAGAAUGAUCUCAUCUGCUGGACGUCCAAGGAUGGGGAGUUCAAGCUACGGAAUGCAGAAGAGGUGGCGCGGCUUUGGGGCAUGCGCAAGAAUAAAACCAACAUGAAUUAUGACAAGUUGAGCCGAGCUCUUAGGUAUUACUACGACAAGAACAUCAUCAAGAAAGUCAACGGGCAGAAGUUUGUCUACAAGUUUGUGUCGUUGCCGGACAGCCUGGCGAUGGAAUCGGACAAGUACGAUGGUGGUGAGAGCGAGUGGGCGAUCGGCAGGCCCAGGGACAAGGGCCUUGCCUUACAACGGCAACUGAAGGCCACCACCAGGAUCUCAUCGAGGAACGAGUACAUGCGCUCGGGGCUCUAUUCCACGUUUACCAUCCAGUCACUGCAAAGCAGCAACCACCGACCCAGGGAGGCCAACAACCCUCCCAAAAGCAUGGAGCUGCCUGAGCAGGAGAGCAAAACCCAGGUGCUCGAGAAUCUUGCGGGAGAACCUGAUCUAAAGCUGCAGGAAGAGGAGGAACCACAGGCUCAGGCCGACGGUGACUCCCCAAUGGAAACCUCGAGUGAUAUUUCCCACCAGGGAGACCUCAAAGUGAAGAUGGAGGUGAUGGAUGAAUUGGAUUGUAUCAUCCUGGAUGCCAUACCAGCUGCCGACGAGUUACCUCGGGCACCGAGCCCCAAUCAGGAACAGUUAGAAAACAACAGUAACCUUCAACCACCAAAGCCCAAGAAGCCAAAGGACCUGGAGCUGCCUACCACACUCCUCACGGCCCAGAAUAGCCCUCCUCCGGAUAAAAGUAACCCUGGUCUUCUGAACACGGUGGUCUUCCCUGCUUCUAGUGCGGUCACGCCAACACUGAUCACCCAACACGUUCAGACUCCGAUAAUACUGACACCAAAUACCCUGCCGUCUGCCAUUCACUUUUGGAGCACACUUAGCCCGAUAGCUCCCAUGAGCCCGGCAAAACUCUCAUUUCAGUUUCCUUCAGCUGGGAAUACCCAGAUACACAUCCCCAUUGCCAGUAUGGAUGGACUAUCAACACCGGUCCUCUCAUCACCGGCACUUCAGAAACCUUGAAAGAGCUUGGCUUAAUUCGAAGUUGAUGGAGCAGCAGACAGACUUGAUAUUCUCUCGUCAAACGGGACUCGAGGUCGUUGCGUUGUCAGAAUGGAUUGAAGAGACAGAAUCAAAUCCUUCGUCCUCUUCAGGCCGGACUGAUGUAGAGGAUAGUUACCCUUCCCGUCAGCAAGGAAGGUUAAAGCUCUGGGAUGGAGAGGGAGAAAAGGGCCAUUCUCGACAUAAACUUCUAUUGCUCAUACGGUGUGCCUGAACCCUUGUGUUGCUGGU